GGGACAGGGAUGCUGCGGUUAAGUGUGUGUGUGUGUACGGGGGAGGGGGCAGAUACCGGGGGUAACAGUGAGGGUGAUGAUGGUGUUAUUGUGCUGACAUCACAUCAGGGCUUUUCCUCGGGUCACGGCACGCGUGCGCGGGUCACAGUAAUGAUGAUGAUGAUGAAGAUGGUGUGAACGCGCAGGUGUUGAGUGUUAGAGGACAGCAUGGCUCCUCGUCCAUCAUCAGGAGAGUUAUGGGGGCUUCACCUCAUGCCUCCUCGUAUCCUGGUGGACUGCUGUCUACCGAACGGCAUUCUGGUCAGUUUGGAGUGUUUGAGAGAAGCGCCACUGAUCAGCAUCAAACAACAGCUGUUCACCGAAGCCCGCAAAUACCCCCUGUACCACCUGCUGCAGGAAGAGUCGUGCUACAUCUUUGUGGGUGUCACUCAAGAAGCCGAGAGGGAGGAGUUCUACGAUGAAACCAGACGUCUGUGUGACCUUCGACUCUUUCACCCCAUCCUGAAGGUCAUUGAGCCGCUGGGAAACAGAGAGGAGAAGAUACUGAAUAGAGAGAUUGGCUUCGCUAUAGGAAUGCCCAUCUGUGAGUUUGAGUUGCUGAAGGAUCCAGAGGUUCAGGACUUCCGGCGGAACAUUCUGAGCGUGUGCAGAGAGGCGGUGGAGGAGCGUGAGGGAGGAGGUGCUCACACGCAAGCGCUGUACGUCUACCCCCCAAAUGUGGAGUCAUCGGCUGACCUGCCUCAACACAUCUACAGCAAACUGGACAAAGGCCGUCUGAUGGUCACCAUCUGGGUGAUCGUGUCUCCGUCCAACUCCAAGCAGAAGUACACACUGAAGAUCACACACGACUCCCUCCCCGAGCAGCUGAUAGCAGAAGCCAUCCGUAAGAAGACGCGCAGCAUGCAUCUGUCGGCGCAGCAGCUGCGUCUGUGUGUGCAGGAGUAUCAGGGUCAGUACAUACUGAAAGUGUGCGGAUGUGAUGAAUAUCUGCUGGAGAAAUAUCCCCUCAGCCAAUACAAGUACAUCAGGGGUUGCAUCACACUGGCCCGUCUCCCUCACCUGAUGUUAGUGAGUAAAGACAGUUUAUACACUCAACUGCCCACCAGCGGAUUCGUGGCUCCAUCUUACAGUCGCCGCACGCCUCAGCCAAGCCCGUGUCCGGGCGGGGGGGACCCGGGGUCACCGCGCUCUCUCUGGGCCUUUAACACACAUCUGAGAGUCCGACUGCUGUGCGCCACAUACGUCAACGUCAACAUCAGAGACAUAGACAAGAUUUAUGUCAGGACAGGUAUAUAUCACGGAGGAGAGCCGCUGUGUGACAAUGUCAACACUCAGAGAGUGCCCUGCUCUAACCCCAGGUGGAAUGAAUGGCUGUCAUAUGACAUUUAUCUGACGGAUAUCCCCCGCUCUGCUCGUCUCUGUCUGUCCAUCUGUUCUGUCAAGGGUCGCAAGGGUGCCAAAGAGGAGCACUGUCCGCUGGCGUGGGGAAACAUCAACCUCUUCGACUAUAAAGACACUCUAGUCAAUGGGAAAGUGGCUCUGGGUUUGUGGCCAGUCCCUCACGGUCUGGAAGAUCUCCUCAAUCCCAUCGGCGUUUCUGGAUCAAACUCAAAUAAAGAAACGCCGUGUGUGGAGCUGGAAUUUCCCUGGUUUAAUCAGACCGUCGUGUUUCCUGAAGAGCAGCAGAUCGAGGAACACGCCAACUGGAUCAUCUCUCGUGAGCUGGGCUACAGCUACUGCCUGGGACUGGUACACACACUCGCAUGCACACACACACACACACACACACACACACACACACACACACACACUCACGCACUCGCGCGCACACACACACACACACACACACACACACACAGCUGCACAUUACAGUGUAAAUAUUCCAGAAAGUCUUCCAAACUUCUGCUGUCUGUCAGUGGAACUCAGAUCUACUGUCUGCUGAAGGACUGGCCUCUCAUGCAGCCUGAAUCCGCUCUGGAGCUGCUGGACGUAAUUUUCCAGAUCGAUGUCGAGAGUUUGCACUGCGAUGUCUCAUUCAGGCAUCAGAACAUGUGUGUGUGUGUGUGUGUCUGUGUGUCUCUUGAGCAUCAGAACAUGUGUGUGUGUGUGUUUCAGGUGCUGAAGUAUGAGAUGUAUCUGGAUAAUCCAUUAGCUCGCUUCCUGAUCAAGAAAGCUUUGACCAAUCAGAGGAUUGGACAUUUCUUCUUCUGGCAUCUGAAGUCUGAGAUGCACAAUAAAACCGUGUCGCGGAGGUUCGGGCUCCUGCUGGAGGCGUUCUGUCGGGCGUGCGGCAUGUACCUGAAACAUCUGAACCGACAGGUGGAGGCCAUGGACAAACUGGUGAACCUCACAGACACGCUGAAGCAGGAGAAGAAAGACGAGACACAGAAGACACAGAUGAAGUUCUUGGUGGAGCACAUGUCCCGGCCAGAUUACAUGGAGGCACUGCAGGGCUUUGUUUCUCCUCUAAACCCUGUACACCAGCUCGGAAGUCUUAGGUUGGAGGAGUGUCGUAUCAUGUCUUCAGCUAAGAGGCCGCUGUGGUUGAACUGGGAGAAUCCAGAUAUCAUGAGUGAGCUGCUCUUCACCAAUAAUGAGAUCAUCUUUAAGAAUGGAGACGAUCUACGGCAGGACAUGCUGACGCUUCAGAUUAUUAAAAUCAUGGAGAAUAUCUGGCAGAAUCAAGGGCUGGACCUGCGAAUGCUGCCGUACGGCUGUCUGUCCAUCGGUGACUGUGUGGGACUCAUCGAGGUGGUGAAGAACUCUCACACCAUCAUGCAGAUUCAGUGUAAAGGUGGACUGAAGGGGGCGCUGCAGUUCAACAGCAACACACUGCACCACUGGAUCAAAGAGAAGAACAAGGGAGAAGCUUAUGACAGGGCCAUUGAUUUAUUCACUCGCUCAUGUGCUGGAUACUGUGUGGCAACGUUCAUACUGGGCAUCGGAGACAGACACAACAGCAACAUCAUGGUGAAGGAGAACGGACAGCUCUUCCACAUUGACUUUGGUCAUUUUCUGGAUCAUAAAAAGAAGAAGUUUGGUUACAAACGGGAGCGAGUUCCUUUCGUCCUCACACAGGACUUCUUGAUCGUCAUAAGUAAAGGUGUGCAGGAGUGCACCAAGACCAAAGAGUUUGAGAGGUUUCAGGAGAUGUGUUAUAAAGCGUAUCUGGCCAUCCGUCAGCACGCCAGUCUCUUCAUCAAUCUCUUCUCUCUGCUGUUGGGUUGCGGGAUGCCCGAGCUGCAGAGCUUUGAUGACAUCGCGUAUCUGCGCAAGACGCUGGCGCUGGAGAAGAACCAGCAGGAGGCGCUGGAGUAUUUCACCAAACAGAUGAAUGACGCCCAUCACGGCGGAUGGACCACCAAAAUGGACUGGAUCUUUCACACCAUCAGACACAUGCCCAACGAACACUGACACGCCACCACAACAUCCGCUUUUACCAGAAAACACUAACCCUUCCUACACACACACAGCGAGAGAAACCACUGAGGUGCUUUAAAAAGCAACAGGAAAUUCACUGAACCCUGAAGUUUUUUCCGUCUCUCUGAGGCCACAAAGACUCACGAGAAACCGCUACAGCGACGUGUGCUACCUCAGAGAUGUGUGUCGCCGACAAUAGAGUUUACAUUCCUCCUCAGGGUCUCCAUAAAGGUCAAAGGUCAAACUUUGAUUCACACUGCCACCUUAUGUCAUAUCAAAGAUGUUUCCCAGCAUGCACUGCAGAUCGGGAGGCUUCCACAGAGUAAAGCGCUUACACACCGCUGGACGUUAAAAAAAGACAGCAUAUCGCUAUUGUGACACUGUGAUGUCAGAGAAGCCAGCCAAUCAACAUCUCUGCGAUCUACAAUCAAUGAUUCUGUGAGAUGACGGUCAGUGAUCAAUGUUCCUGCUAGUCACGUGUGUGCGUGACAGCUUCAGAUGCUCUGCUGAAAUGAACGAUGAGAGCUGACUCCAAACAUUCCCACGUUACACGUCACAACAAGAACGGCUUCAUGGGAAUCAAGACAUCAUCAGCUGUGUUCCCACUGAGACGUCUGGAGGAUCCAACACACAAUCGUCUGUCAUCUGUGUUUCAUGUUCAAGACAAACAAACGUGUGCGCUUCCUUCAUGUCAUUUAUUUCACAUUCCUGACAAACACAUCCAGCAAUAACAACGCACACACACACACACACACACACACACACACACAGACAACAACAAAUAUCAUCGUACUGUAAUUUUGAUCAAACUUGAGAAGUCAGAUUUGUGUUUGUUGUGUAGUGACGUAUGCUUUAAUAAACAGUUUUUAAAUAGUACGGCUGUUGAAUGAGUUCUUCAGCAUUACAGCAGACGUCAGAGAUCAGAGAACUUCACGCACGCACAAUCGCUCACACACAAUCGCGCACACACACACACACGCGCGCACACACACACACACAAUCGCGCACACACGCACACACACACAUGCACGCACACACACACGCGUGCACACAGGCACACACAGUCCCCAAUAACAACAGUUCGGAAAAGAAGUGCCAGUUUCAUAUCAAUGUCUCACGAAUAACACACAUGACGAGAUCAUAUUUAAUUCCAUGUGAACGCUGAAAACACAUUUUCCUCGGCAUGGGUUCAUACAAGAUUUGAUAUGAAAAUAAUCAUUUACUGAUGAUGUAAGCGUGUGAUGAGCGGGAUGGUGAUGUGUGUCCAUGGGUUUAUUCUGUGAAAUCAAGCGUGUGAAAGCAUGUUGUCACGUGUUCUCAGUCUGGCAUGUAAAUGUUCUGGUGUUCUCUGGGCUGUCAUGUGUCUGUAUGUGACGCUGA